UUUAAGCAAUGAAGCGUCCUGCAAAAAAAGAGAAGAUUAUUUGGAAUGGCCUGAAUAUUUUAUGGCAGUAGCAUUUUUGUCAGCACAAAGAAGCAAGGAUCCAAGUUCUCAGGUUGGUGCCUGCAUUGUAAAUCCGGAGAACAAAAUUGUUGGAAUUGGAUACAAUGGGAUGCCUAAUGGCUGCAGCGAUGAUGUACUACCCUGGACAAGAACAGCAGCACAUCGACUAGACACAAAAUAUCCUUAUGUGUGCCAUGCUGAACUCAAUGCCAUCAUGAACAAAAACACAGCCGAUGUGAAAGGCUGCAGCAUGUAUGUUGCCUUAUUUCCAUGUAAUGAAUGUGCAAAGCUCAUCAUCCAGGCAGGCAUAAAGGAAGUUAUUUUUAUGUCUGACAAGUAUCAUGACACCACAGAAAUGACAGCUGCACGGCGGAUGUUUGAUUUAGCAGGUAUUAUAUACAGGGAAUUCAAGCCAAAGUGUAACAAGAUCAUCAUCGACUUUGAUUCAAUUAACAGCAGACCAAGUCAAAAGCUUCUGUGAAUUAAGCCUCAUUAAGUCUCUAGAAGAGUGUGAUUAUCCUUUUCUAAAAAGCUGCUAAUGCCUUUCAUCUUGAAGUUACUAGCAACUUUUUAAGGGCUUCUGUAGCUUAAGUAGACUUCUAAGAAAUCCGAGGCAUGAAAUAUCCUACUCACUUCACCUUGUCAUGUGGAAUCUAAAUCUACUUGAAAUUUUUUAAUGCCUUUAAAAAGUCUAGAGGCAUGUAGAUGAGACAAUAUAAUGUAUGUAAGGAAAACUGUUCUGAUUCUUGCUGUAUUCAUGACCACACGCUCUGAUAGGCUGUCAGCACUGAUUCAGACUCGGUUUAACAGUUGUACUUGUCACCAGUGGUACAUUGAAAUAUGCUAAUUUAUGUUGAUCUCACUAUUGGAUAUGUGGAUCUAAAUAGUUGAUCUUAAUAAAGGACAAAAAAUGUUAUCCCUGCAAAUACUAAUCUUCCAACUAGCAUAACACUAAUAUUUGAAAGGUUAUACAGCUUUAAGGAUGUGUGAUGUUCUCUGUGCCUUACCCAGC